GAACGGGAGAUACUACUACUACUACACCAGGGGGCAGUGAUGGCGGGGUUCUCAGUGGAGGGAGAGGACGAGCAGGAGGUGGAGGAGGUGCCCGGCGGCUCCGUGCUCGGCAGGCGGCGCCGCCCACCUUCCUCCGACCACCCGUCGGAGCAGGGAGAAGGCAGCCGGAGCCGACGCCGGCGCCUGCCCGUCAAGGAUGAAGAGGGUGGCGGAGAAGGAGAAGAGGAGGAGGAGGAGGAGGAGGAGGAGGACGACGACGACGACGACGACGACGGGGAGUCGGACAGCGAUGGGGGAGACGAGCUGAACCUGAGCGAGGAAGAAUCGGAAGAGCAGGGUGGGGACCGAUCGGUGUCCACGGAAGGGUGCGGGGACGACGCCUCGUACGGUCGUGGCGGGUCCUCCCCUCCGUACGGCCGGACGGGCGGGCCGCUGGAGUUCACUCUCGAGGACCCGGAUGUGCUCGACUGCCCCGUCUGUCUCGAGCCCUUGUCGCUCCCGGUUUUUCAGUGUAAUAAUGGGCACGUAGUUUGCUCUACCUGCUGCAGAAAGAUCAGGAACAAAUGCCCGUCCUGCACUGUGCCUAUCGGCUACAUCAGAUGCCGCGCCAUGGAGAAGAUCCUGGAGUCUAUCCAGAUGGCAUGUCCAAAUGCAGAGUUUGGCUGCAAUCAGAAGUUUGCUUACCACAUGAAAAAUGACCAUGAGAAGACGUGUCCGUUCGCUCCUUGUUUGUGUCCCUUUUCAAGCUGCAACUAUGUUGGCUCGUUUAGGAUGUUAGUGAAGCACUUCAGCACCAAGCAUGGGGCUUCUCCAACAUCCUUCCGUUUCAACUUCAACACCUCUCUCCUGAUGAACGCCGAGACGGAGGUCUGUUUGCUUAAAGAAGAGAGAGAAGGUGUUCUCUUUGUCUUGAAAAAGGAAACUGUGAACCUGGGCAGCAAGAUCAAGAUCAGUUGCAUUGGCCCCUUGCCAAAGGCGGCUUAUUUGUACGACGUAGUCGCAAAUUCUCGGGAAACCUCUCUCAGGCUUCGCACUUGCACCAAGAGCGUUCCAGACUUCGAAUUUAAUCCUAAUCUGGAGCCCUACCUUUUGGUGCCAAGAGGGUACGUCGAUGAUUUCUUGGGCCUCAAGUUUGAAUUGUGCAUUUGGCGUAGCGGAGCAAUACAUGUAUUCGAGCGCAUUGGCUUGAGUAACCACCUCUAUAUUUUUCAGCCUUUUCAGCUAGCCUCGCACGUUGGCCUAACAAAUCGGAAGGGGGAGAUACUACAACACCAGAAGGCAGUGAUGGCGAGAUUCUCGGUGGAGGGAGAGGACGAUGAGGAGGAGGAGGAGGGGGUACCCGGCGGCGGCGGCUCCGUGCUCGGCAGGCGGCGCCGCCCACCUUCCUUCAGCCACCCGUCGGAGGAAGGUGAAGGCAGCCGGAGCCGGAGCCGGAGCCGGAGCCGGCGCCGGCCCGUCAAGGAAGAAGAGGGUGGCGGAGAAGAAGAGGGGGAGGACGACCGGGAUUCGGACAGUGAAGGGGGGGACGAGUCGAACCGGAGCGAGGGAGGAUCGGAAGAGCGGGAUGGAGACCGAUCGGUGUCCACGGAACGGCACGGGGACGGGGCCUCGUACGGUCGUGGUCGGUCCCCUUCGUAUGGCCGGACGGUUGGGCCGCUGGAGGUCACUCUCGAGGACCCAGAUGUGCUUGACUGCGCCGUCUGUCUCGAGCCCCUGUCGAUCCCGGUUUUUCAGUGUGAUAAUGGGCACGUAGCUUGCUCUACCUGCUGCAGAAAGAUCAGGAACAAAUGCCCGUCCUGCUCUAUGCCUAUCGGCUACAUCAGAUGCCGCGCCAUGGAGAAGAUCCUGGAGUCUUUAAAGAUGGCAUGUCGAAAUGCAGAGUUUGGCUGCAAUCAGAAGUUUCCUUACCACAUGAAAAGUGACCAUGAGAAGACGUGUCCGUUCGCUCCUUGUUUGUGUCCCUUUUCAAGUUGCAACUACGUUGGCUCGUUUAGGAUGUUAGUGAAGCACUUCAGCACCAAGCACAGGGCUUCUCCGACAUCCUUCCGUUUCAACUUCAAUACCUCUCUCUUGAUGAAUGCUGAGACGGAGGUCUGUUUGCUUAAAGAAGAGAGAGAAGGUGUUCUCUUUGUCUUGAAAAAUGAAACCGUAGACCUGGGCAGCAAGAUCAAGAUCAGUUGCAUUGGCCCCUUGCCAAAGGCGGCUUAUAAGUACGACAUAGUCGCAAAUUCUCGGGAAAGCUCUCUCAAGCUCUGCACUUGCACCAAGAGCCUUCCAGACUUCGAAUAUAAUCCGAAUCUGGGGCCCUACCUUUUGGUGCCGAGAGGGUUCUACGAUGAUUUCUCGGGCCUCAAGUUUGAAGCGUGCAUAUGGCGUAGCGGGGCAAUAGACUAAAGCCGUUGAUAUUUUCUCUUUCGUUCUUUCAUUCUCUUUUAUCUUUUUUUUGCCAAAUAUGCUGUUGAUUCAUCAGUAGGAACUUCACUUUGAAUAAUCGACUGAGUAAGUGUCAUCUUGCUUCAAAUCCUUCACCCAGAAGACAUUUCUUGAUGAACAGAUGAAUUGUUUUAAGAAGAAUGAUCAGUUGAAUUGGGUA